AUGUCUUUUUGGAUUUACCUUGUGGUCUUUGUGGUCGGUGUUUUCAGUACCACAGACAAGACCACAAACAUUUGGUGUUUGCGAGACAACGAAGUUAUCAUUCAUGAACAAUCAAACGACACGAGUUGUCACUACCCUGGAUAUUCAGUGGGGUUUGAUUAUACACAAACUGCGAGUUUGGUCACGUUUACAGUAUUUCCAGAUUGUUGUUCAACAAACGUCACUAUAAAAGAGAACAACAAAUUUCACGUGUUAGAUGAAGAGGACAAUCAAUAUACCACUCCGCCAAAUCGAUUACUUGAAUUCUAUUUUUAUGGAACGUUAUAUGCACGUGACUACUUAAACAUCACCAUAGAAGAGUAUAUUGAAAAACUGUCGUGGACGAUCAACACGUAUUAUAUAAUAUCUGGGUCGACUCUUACACUCAUGGGGAGAGCGAGUACCAACAAGAAAUAUCCAUAUUAUAUAUCAGUGGAGUCGAGGCAAUUUAAUAUAUCCAGCCCCACCCCCAAUUACGAAUAUGUUGAAAUGGGAUUUCAGUGGGGAUUUUCACCAACCCUCUUUUUACAUGGAUAUUUGGAUGUUGAAAUGGUCAAUGAAACUGCUCGAGAGAAUUGCCAAUAUCGAUAUACGACUGUAGGGGAUACAGUGAAAUAUACCAGAGGGGUGAAUAACAGUCAAUUGAAAGUGGUGUCAGCUUGUGACAGAGGGGGGUAUCACCGUAUUGAAAUAUGUGGAGUGGAUGUCUUACAAACUGAUGAUUGUGCAUGUUCAUAUGACAAUUAUGAAUAUAAAAAUCACGCACAAGACUGCACUUAUUUAAGUCGAUACUUUGAUUUCUAUGUCAACCCUAAACAGGACAAGAUCCCAUAUGAACAUUUGUGGAAUUCAUUGAUAACAAGUGAGGAAGAUACGUUGCUGACAAUACGAAAAGGCGCCAAUCUAACUUUUUUAGGUGAAGUAGUUUUGAAAAGUCCAUUGCGGAUAGAUGGGAGUGUUUAUUUUAAAGGGCAAAUAGUUAUAGAAAGUACUGAAUACGUCUAUGACCUUGGCAAUUUCUAUAUUGAAAGUGUUGACUAUAGUAAAGUAGAUAAAGUGAAUAACAUAUUAUUUAUUGGAAAGUGCGGAGUCAAUACAAGUGAGUGUGAUGCUUUUUUGGCGCGGACUCAAAUUGAUGAAAUACGGUGUAAUGGCCCACGAAAUAGAUAUGUCAAAAAAGGGAGUGUCAUCAAUUGUAUGUGCACACAAGACGCUUCUGGUAACUUUGAACAAAGCGAUUGCAACUACAUGACAGAAGAUAGACAGAAUAGAAUGACACUACAAUUGACUACAAAUUAUUCGAGUGGGAAUACUACAAAGUAUUGGAAAGAGAUCAUUGGGAAACCAUCUGAAUCAAUUACAAUAAGAGGAAGUAGUAUUGUUGUCGAAGGGAAUUGUGACUUCUCGAAGAUCACAAGUGUCGAGGUAUAUGCUGAACUUCGCUGUGGCAAAAUAGUACUUACAAACACAAAUAACAUAAGAGGAGGAUUCAAUUCAAUAAUUAAAACAUAUGACAUUGAAAUUAUCGGUGUCGUAGAUAAUUUGAAUAGAGGUGCGCUCAUUCAAAUGAAUGAAGGGUAUUUUGUUAGUGAUGGAAAUAUGAUCAAAGAAUUUGAUGAUACACAAAGUACUUGUUUUGAGCUUGUUACUACCCACCAAGCCGUGUCAGAAACAUUGAAUGGUGCAACUGACUCAAAGUUUGUGACUUUGGUGUUGGGGAAUCUUGUUAGGAUAUGUCCAAACAAUUACACAAAUGACGAUAAAACAAAAGUGAAAUGUCAAGUGGUUGAUUACUCAUUUGAAACGUUUGAGAAUGCCCAAUGCCCAUGUAAAGGGGAUUACUGUGAAUUUUAUUGUGAUUUGAGUCAUUAUAAUAUCACAAAUAAUUCUUUUUGUGAUACUAUAGAAGGAGACUUGUACUUUUCUGGGGAGAACAUUGUGUUACAAAAUGUAAGAAGUAUAAGGAUUUUACACUUCAUUGAUAACGCACAAGUCACUGUUUUGGGGAAUGGGAAAACGACAGUUGACAUCGAAAUUGAAAGCAAAAACAAAAUUGAAAUAGUCACACACGACAAUAUCAAUAUUGGAGGGAUGGGUAAGAGUUUGAUCUUCACUUUAAACGAAACACAAGGUGCAAAGAAAGUGCAAAUUACUGGAAAGUUUGUAGAUUUGUAUGUGGAUGUACCAAAUGGCACAUCCUUUGAGUUGACACAAAUUGCGUCAAUAUUCAAUACAAAGUCGACUGGUGGGUUUAAAGUGGUUGGGACUUAUUUGGUAUAUUUGUCCACCUUGAAGUGUCAAGUUGGACAUUUAGUGGAUAACGAAUUUGUUUGUGAUUCGUGUGGACAAGGUGAAGUGUCAGGAAAGUGCAAAGAAAGUAUCACAGUGACGCAUUGUGAGGAGUACAGUAGUGUUGGGUUAUGUAAAGAGUGUUUUGAGGGGUGGUAUUUAGAGAGUGAUAUUACAAACAGUUCAUUGAUUUCACAGAAGUGCAUUGAGUGUUCUGACAUCAAUUGUCUUCGGUGUAGUAAGAGUGAAUGUCUCAAAUGUAAAGAUGAAAUGAAGACAAGUGGCAAUGGAUGUGUAAUAAAUCGAAUUGCGAAAUGUGUUUCACAGAUCAAUGGAAAUUGUGUUAAAUGCAAUGAAGGCUAUUUUGUAGUGAAUGGGAAUUGUAAAAUUUGUGGAGAGCAUUGUAAAAGUUGUGUUUCACAAAUAGAGUGCACUAUUUGUGACUACAAUUAUAAACUGAUGAAUGGUACAUGUUUAACGAGUUUAGAAGGUGUUAUAGAAACAACAAAUAGUAUUCUCUCGUGUCCAGUUGGCUAUUUCAAUGACAAAAGUACUUGUAAGAAAUGUAUAACAAACACAACUUUUGGUGAUUCCUGUAUGAGAUGUACAAAGACGGAGUGUUUGACAUGUGAUGGACAAAAUUCUAUAAUUGAUGGGAAGUGCCAAGCAACAAAUGGUGAGUGUGAUAUAAUUAAUGAUAGCAAAUGUCAAAGAUGCAAUUAUGGGACAUUCAACAAACCAUAUUGUGAGACGUGUGACACAUUAUGUGAAUCAUGUGUAGGAUCACAUGGGGAGUGUUUGGAGUGUUCAACGACAUCACAAGACAUAUGGCUUUUCAAUACAACUUGUGAACAAAUUGUGAGUACCUCCCUCUUUCCAUAUAUUAAAACAGAAGAUGAGACAUAUUCCCAGUGUGUCAUUAAUCACUUUGGCACUUGUAUAUCAUGUUCGAGUGGAUACUAUGUGAAUAACACAAAAUGUGUACCUUGUAGUUCACACUGUGCAAGUUGUUUUAACUCCACAAUUUGUCUAUCAUGUACGAAUGCCACAGAUUCAUUGGUCAAUCAUAACUGCCUUACUGAUGACAAGUUAAGUGAGUCAUGUAAAGUCAUGACUAUAUCUAAAAUAGGGUGUGCAAUCUGUAUGGAUGGAUAUUAUCGAAAGGGCACUGAAUGUUUUAAAUGUCCAGUUGGUGUGGAGUUGUGUGUAUUCACUCAAAAUGUCGUCCAACCCAUUUCGUGUACAUCUGAUUACUUUUUGUUCAACGCUAAUGAAUGUGUUUUGUACUCUAACAUAACCCAUUGCGCGUCGUUUGAUAAAAAUGGGUGUGCAAAGUGUGAGGACACUUAUUAUAUGUCCAACUCGUAUUGUUCAAAAUGUGUUUCCAAUUGCCAAAAAUGCACUUCGAGCACCAGUUGCGUGUUAUGUGAAAGGGAUUAUGUCCUUUCGAAUGACAUUUGUGUUGAUUACACGAACAUCCAAUUUUGCACGAGUUCUUCGAAGAACAAAUGUGAUUCGUGUGACACGUUUCACAAGUUAGAAAAUUCCAUUUGUGUGCAAAAGUCUCUUUGGUGGAUAUCACUGAUCGUAUUAGGUGGAGUUGUACUACUUGUAAUAAUCUUGUACUUUACAAUCACUUAUAUUCUUCGUAAAGCAAUUCGACUCAAACAGGAGAACACGAUGAAUCUCAGUGACAUCUUCACAUUCUCUCGCUUCAUAGAGGCACUUCCUGGGAUAUUAGUCACACAGAAAACGUUCACAUUAUAUGAUGAAGACGCUAUUCCAGUGAAUGAAGAGACUCCUCUUAAAAUAGUUGUUGCAAAUAGUGGGAAACAUAAAGUGAAGAUACAACCCAGUUUUGUAGUAUCGAAAAAGUAUGACAUGUCGAUCACCCCAAGUCUUGUCUUUUUACGACCAGGAAAGGCAAUUGAAUUUGUAGUCACGGUCCACCCCAUGUGUUCCACUAAAAUCGAACAACAAAUAGUCUUCUCCGUCUUUAACUUCCACGUUGGGCAGGAGUUACAGUUUACAAUAGGCCUUUCUGUGCAAACGCAGCAAUCGAGUAUCAUAGAUCCCGACGAAUUAAUUCAGAAGAAGCAAAUAGGGGAGGGGACGUUUGGUGUAGUCUUUCUUGGUGAUUACCGAGGGAACAAAGUAGCCAUCAAGCGGUUGAAACCCAAAAUGUCGAAUGGAGACAAUCAAGAAGAGGAGUUUUUACACGAGGUAGAGAUGUUAGAGAAGUUUCGAAGUGAUUAUAUCAUUCAUUUUUAUGGAGCUGUAUACUUAGGGGAUGAACGUGCGAUUAUCACUGAAUUUGCGCAGUAUGGGAGCAUCGAGAAGAUGAUUGAGAGUAAAGAGAAGAAGCAAGUGAGGCGAAGUCUACGAGUGAAAAUGCUACAAGACACUGCAAAAGGUAUUAUGUAUUUACACAACAAUGGGAUCUUACACAGAGAUAUUAAACCGGAUAAUAUGUUAGUCUUAAUAGUCGACGCUAAUGUCCGUGUCAAUGCUAAACUGACUGAUUUUGGAAGUGCAAGGAAUAUCAAUUUGAUGAUGACGAAUAUGACAUUUACUAAAGGCGUGGGAACACCUUCGUUUAUGGCGCCUGAAGUACUCAAUAAAAAAAGAUAUAAAACAGCUGCAGAUGUAUUCUCAUUUGGUGUCACUAUGUACUCCGUGAUGAUUUGGGACGAUCCAUAUCCUAAAGAAUUAUUUAGUUACCCGUGGAUCGUUGCCACUUUCAUUGCUGAAGGUAAAAGAAGACCAAAAGCAAACUUACCAGAUAGAAUGUAUAACCUCAUUUCGCAGUGUUGGACGGAAGAUGUUAAUGCGCGACUUAAAAUAGAGGAAGUGGUUGAGAAAUUAGAAGAACUAUUAAAAACAGACUAUAGUAAAUAA